AGCAACAUCAUUAACAAUGGGGAAGAUUGUGUUUUUCGAGGAUAAGAACUUCCAAGGCAGGAGCCACGAGUGCAGCACCGACAGUCCGGAUCUGAGCUCCUACUUGAGCCGAUGCAAUUCCGUUAAGGUGGAGAACGGCUGCUGGGUGCUGUACGAGCGUCCCAACUUCACGGGCUACCAGUACGUCCUGAGCCCUGGGGAGUACCCGGACCAUCAGCACUGGAUGGGAUUCAGCGACAGCAUCAAGUCAUGUCGCUUUAUCAAAAAUGUGUAUGGAAAGUCUUGGAAGGUCCGGUUCUACGACAAGCAAGAUUUCGGAGGUCAGGCAGCAGAGUGCGGUGAGGACUGCCCAUCGAUUUACGAGGCCUUCAAGUUCAGGGAGUUCCGCUCCUGCGUGGUGAUGGACGGCGCGUGGGUCCUCUACGAGCAGCCCAACUACCACGGGCACCAGUACUUCCUGGAACGUGGCGAGUACCCCAACUACACCGACUGGGGCGCCAGCUCCCCUGCGGCCGGGUCUUUCCGCAUGAUCACAGAGUUUUAGAGCAGCGGUUCUCAGCCUCGUGCGAGAGACCACCAAAUGCUCUUGAACGUCACAGAACACAGUUUUGAAAUCUGCGGAAUCAACGCCGCUCUAUGGAGUUCCCGACGGCCUUCUGCCUCCCACCUGCUUCAUCCCUCUGCAUACCCACCCUUCUCCCCAAUGUCCUCAGUGCAACAAAUGAAUAAAACUUCUUAUACAUA